AUGCAACAAAGAACAACGAAGAGAAGCUGUUCCUCUUUAGUAACGCCAUUUAUGGGACCUAAUAGUACCGAAAAGAGCAUACACCCUGAAGUCGCUUCUAUUAGAAGGAACAAAAGAUCAACCACAACAUCGGCCAUAGUGAAUAUCAAUGUUGUUGAAAGAGAGUUAUUUGAUCUAGAGUUGGAAAAACAGAAUCUCCGUGUUCAAUAUUUGUCUAAGAAUACGCAAGCCGCAAGGUACAACGCUAAAAGUACUAAAAGUACUUAUUUGGAUGCGAAAAUAAUAACAAGAGAACAAGAACAAAAUCAACCAUCAAAAGAGUCUUUGAAGAAACAGUCCCAGUCAUCAAUGAAGAAAAGUCCACCAAGGAAGAAAAAGAGCUUGAAGGACUUGAUAUAUGAAACAAACAAGGCAUUUUAUCAAGUGGACUCCAACAAGGUUAAAUAUAAGGUAGGCUUAUCCAAAAAACAGCUCCUAUCGUCAAAAACAGAAGGCGACUGA